UGUAUCGUCGAUCAGCACCUACUAUUCUGGAUGAAGCGGGAUAUAACACGUAGUUGGCUGUCAGGCUGACGUCGGUGCUCCGGUUAUCACUUUGCCCCGGGAAGAGAAAAUAAGGAGGGUUUUUUUCGGGCGAAUCGCGCGUCGGAAUGAAUUUGCAGGACUUUGACCACACAGCAGCUCGUAAAGUAGAAACCCGCUGCAACGUUUUACCAAAUAGGACCGAAGACUUGCAAAAGUCUUACACGGAUUCAUCUUUCAACCGUUUUGUAUCUAUACGAAUAGUAAACACGUUUUUUUGUUGUUGUUGUUGUUGUAAUAACGUGACUUUGUUGUCAGUUUGCUGCUGCCGUUUCCUAAUUUAUGGCGUUUGACUCUUAGGCGAUGUGAACGGUAUUUAUAAAUCAUUGAACUGCAUGUCUCCCUGUUUGGUGAACACAAGAUAAGAUGUCCCACUGGACGAGGAUUUGUACCAUGGCAACUCGGAUUGGAAUAAUCUCUCUUUUUCAAGUCUAUGAAAACAAUUGUCCUCUGUACUGAUAAAGUGAUGGGUCCGCAGCACAGAAGACAUCGAUAACCUCUGUGUCAGCACGUCCUUUACCCUCCUGAUCUUUCUCAGUUGUCAUUCUAUUUUAUGUUCAAGUUUUUAUCGUUUCUACAAUGGAAACGGUCGUAUUGAAGUUGCAACGCUCGUCGUUAAUCUGAGCACCACCAUCAGAGCGACUCGUUUAUCUUCCCGAGACUCCGUUGUAAGGACAGUCAUGUGGGGCCCUGCGCCACCAUCCCUGCAGGUCGCCGUAAAAGUCCUGAAACACGCCGCUGUCAAAGGACAGAUCCAGCUGAACCGCUGGCUCCAGAGACCCUCCCCGGGCGAGUGCGAUAAAAUUGACCUCUUGAUAUGCAACACCUUUGACGAGAGAGGAGGCGCCGUCGGCAAGUCUGAUGGUGACCCGGAGAGCAUCGUUGACACUGGCGUGUCAUUCACCGGUGGCGCCACCAACGGGGAGUUCAGACACCCGUGUUGUAUUACCACGUGUUGCUUCAAGAGCAGCCUCCUGGCAUGCAUUCUGACAGCUGUGUGCUUCUCCUCUGUGGCUCUAGUCCGACAGUACCUCAAGGACCUUCUUCUCUGGGUGGAGAGCUUGGACAGCCUGGUUGGAGCCAUGCUGUUCAUAGUUGGUCUGAUCACUGUGUCCUUCCCAUUCGGCUGGGGGUACAUCGUACUGAACGUGGCCGCGGGAUACCUCUACGGCUUCGUGCUGGGUAUGGGACUGGUGAUGGUGGGCGUGCUCAUAGGUACCUUCGUGGCUCACCUGGUGUGUAAGAGACUGUUGACGGACUGGGUGGUCAACAAGGUGGGGAACUCUGAACAGCUCAGUGCUGUAAUCCGGGUGGUGGAGGGGGGGAGUGGACUCAAAGUGGUGGCCUUAGCGAGACUCACGCCCAUUCCCUUUGGACUCCAGAAUGCAGUGUUUUCAAUCACAGACGUGUCGUUGCCAAACUACCUGGUGGCGUCGUCAGUCGGCCUGCUGCCCACACAGCUCCUAAACUCCUACCUGGGCACCACGCUGCGCACCAUGGAGGACGUCAUCGCAGAACAGAGCAUCAGCGGAUACCUGGUCUUCAGUCUACAGAUCAUCAUCAGUAUAGGUCUGAUGUUCUACGUGGUCCACCGGGCCCAGGUGGAGCUGAAUGCCGCCAUCGCUGCCUGUCAGAUGGAGCUGAAGACAUCACACAUGAACGGCACUUCCACCAAUCACAGCGGCUUCACGUACUGCAGCAAGAGGGCGUCGGCCGGGGGUGGGAUCAUCAACGUGGUCUGAUUUAAUGUCUCAAAACCCUGAUUGGACACGAGAAAAUGGGAUCAAAAUUAACACUGAUUGGCCAGUAGAGCAGAUCUGAUAUCUUCCACGACGAGGUGGACCUACCAAAUAGCGACGCUGAUUGUGUGAAUCUGUGGGGCCUGUAGCUGCAGCUGAGGGCUGCCAGGUGUUUAGUAGUCAGGUACAGUGGUGUUGUCAUCACAGACUUAGCUACAACCUGAACACUCUAUGCAGCACAGCUCACCAUUCCGAUCUCAAUGAGACCAAGGGCUUCUCUUCUACAGUGUGGGACCAGGGGCUAAGGGCUUCUCUUCUACAGCGUGGGACCAGGGGCUAAGGGCUUCUCCUCUACAGUGUGGGACCAGGGGCUAAGGGCUUCUCUUCUACAGCGUGGGACCAGGGGCUAAGGGCUUCUCCUCUACAGUGUGGGACCAGGGGCUAAGGGCUUCUCUUCUACAGUGUGGGACCAGGGGCUAAGGGCUUCUCUUCUACAGUGUGGGACCAGGGGCUAAGGGCUUCUCCUCUACAGUGUGGGACCAGGGGCUAAGGGCUUCUCUUCUACAGCGUGGGACCAGGGGCUAAGUGCUUCUCUUCUUCAGCGUGGGACCAGGGGCUAAGGGCUUCUCUUCUACAGCGUGGGACCAGGGGCUAAGGGCUUCUCUUCUACAGCGUCGGACCAGGGGCUAAGGGCUUCUCUUCUACAGCGUGGGACCAGGGGCUAAGGGCUUCUCUUCUACAGCGUGGGACCAGGGGCUAAGGGCUUCUCUUCUACAGCGUGGGACCAGGGGCUAAGGGCUUCUCUUCUACAGCGUGGGACCAGGGGCUAAGGGCUUCUCUUCUACAGCGUGGGACCAGGGGCUAAGGGCUUCUCUUCUACAGCGUGGGACCAGAGUGCUAUGCUCUAUGUUGACCUCAUUUAUAAUGAUGUUAAAAGGAAGAAAUGGUUCAGCAUACACUACGAGGCCUUUUUUCUAUUGGUUUGUUUUCUUGUUUUUCUCUCACCAUAAGAAGCAGUACGCCAACGUGUUGAUCCUGCUCUGUUACUGGGGUAGAGGCUCACGGAACCAUGCGUCAUCAUUACGUAUGGCUUAAUGUUGAGGUAUGGCUUAAUGAUGAGGUAUGGCUUAAUGAUGAGGUAUGGCUUAAUGAUGACGUAUGGUUUAAUGAUGAGGUAUGGUUUAAUAAUGAGGUAUGGCUUAAUGAUAACGUUUGGUUUAAUGAUGAGGUAGGGUUUAAUGAUGAGGUAUGGUUUAAUGAUGAGGUAUGGUUUAAUGAUGAGGUAUGGCUUAAUGAUGAGGUAUGGCUUAAUGAUAACGUAUGGUUUAAUGAUGAGGUAGGGUUUAAUGAUGAGGUAUGGUUUAAUGAUGAGGUAUGGUUUAAUGAUGACGUAUGGCUUAAUGAUGAGGUAUGGCUUAAUGAUAACGUAUGGUUUAAUGAUGAGGUAUGGCUUAAUGAUGACGUAUGGCUUAAUGAUGAGGUAUGGUUUAAUGAUGACGUAUGGCUUAAUGAUGAGGUAUGGUUUAAUGAUGAGGUAUGGUUUAAUGAUGAGGUAUGGCUUAAUGAUGAUGUAUGGUUUAAUGAUGACGUAUGGCUUAAUGAUGAGGUAUGGCUUAAUGACAACGUAUGGUUUAAUGAUGAGGUAUGGCUUAAUGAUGAGGUAUGGUUUAAUGAUGAGGUAUGGCUUAAUGAUGAUGUAUGGUUUAAUGAUGACGUAUGGCUUAAUGAUGAGGUAUGGCUUAAUGAUGACGUAUGGUUUAAUGAUGAGGUAUGGUUUAAUGAUGAGGUGUGGUUUAAUGAUGAGGUAUGGUUUAAUGAUGAGGUAUGGCUUAAUGAUGACGUAUGGUUUAAUGAUGAGGUGUGGUUUAAUGAUGAGGUAUGGCUUAAUGAUGAGGUAUGGUUUAAUGAUGAGGUAGGGUUUAAUGAUGAGGUAUGGUUUAAUGAUGAGGUGUGGUUUAAUGAUGAGGUGUGGUUUAAUGAUGAGGUAUGGUUUAAUGAUGAGGUAUGGUUUAAUGAUGAGGUGUUGUUUAAUGAUGAGGUAUGGCUUAAUGAUGAGGUAUGGCUUAAUGAUGAGGUAUGGCUUAAUGAUGGCGUAUGGUUUAAUGAUGACGAAUGGUUUAAUGAUGACAUAUGGUUUAAUGAUGAGGUAUGGCUUAAUGAUGAGGUAUGGCUUAAUUAAUGAUGACGUAUGGCUUAAUGAUGAUGUAUGGUUUAAUUAUGACAUAUGGUUUAAUGAUGAGGUAUGGCUUAAUGAUGAGGUAUGGUUUAAUGAUGACGUAUGGUUUAAUGAUGAGGUAUUGCUUAAUGAUGAUGUAUGGCUUAAUGAUGACGUAUGGUUUAAUGAUGAGGUAGGGUUUAAUGAUGAGGUAUGGUUUAAUGAUGACAUAUGGCUUAAUGAUGAGGUAUGGCUUAAUUAAUGAUGACGUAUGGCUUAAUGAUGAUGUAUGGUUUAAUGAUGAGGUAUGGUUUAAUGAUGAGGUAUGGCUUAAUGAUGAGGUAUGGUUUAAUGAUGACGUAUGGUUUAAUGAUGAGGUAUUGCUUAAUGAUGAUGUAUGGCUUAAUGAUGACGUAUGGUUUAAUGAUGAGGUAUGGCUUAAUGAUGAGGUAUGGCUUAAUGAUAACAUAUGGUUUAAUGAUGAGGUAGGGUUUAAUGAUGACAUAUGGCUUAAUGAUGAGGUAUGGCUUAAUGAUGACGUAUGGCUUAAUGAUGAUGUAUGGUUUAAUGAUGACGUAUGGCUUAAUGAUGACGUAAUGAUGACGUGUGGCUUAAUGACCAAAGCUGAGAGGCACAACCUGGCUGGUCACAAAUGGCCCCCUAUUCAAUAUGCACUACUGUAGAGCCCUAUGGUUCCUGGUCAAAAGUAGUGCGCUAUAUAGGGAAUCCCUGUCUGCCUGUCAGAUGUACAAUAUGCUAAUAAUAUGUGUGUAAAGUAGGAGGAGUUUGUUGUGUUCUGUUUCCAUGUUCCAUCCAAACUUCCCAUGCAAAUGAUAGCUGUUUUAGUUACCAACCAUUUUUGGGGGGUUAAUUCAUUGUUUAUUUUAUUGUUUUUUGCAUUUUUUAUGUUGAUUUGUAAAAUAGUAAAGGGCAUUAUUUGGAUAGGUU